CUGCACUACACCAGAGAGUGAGAGAACACCUCUCUACAGUGAGGAACCAAUGUCGGGCAACUCCGCCCUGGCACGGAACCAUUACCACGACGACCUCUACCAUGACGGCUGUUACCAAGACGACUGCCAUCGCCUCGCUCCGUACCAGUACGGCAACGGGCACCUCCAAAACCACCACAGCACCCAUCAAAAUCACCUCGACAACAGUCGCUACGCUAACGGCGGUCACCGCGACGAUCAUUACAGUAACCGUAGUAACCAGAACCAUCACAGCAACCAGAGCCAGACCUCCAAGGGGGAAGGGGGCGAGGAGAAGAGGGAGCCCCUGAGACAUUACCACCACAUCGGGAGAGAGGAGCUGGACUAUCAGGCACCCCCUCCAGGGAACCUCCAGAAUGGUGGGCUGAAUGAGCCGCUGCCUUACCCUUAGGAGAAGCACCUCAACCCAGCCUCGGCCCCAGCCUGCUCCUGCCCCUGCCCACACCACAAACAGGUGGUGUAUAACAUUCAGUACAUCGCCAACUGUUUCCGGGAGCAACGGGCAACGUGUGCUAAAGGGGCGGAGUGGAAGAAGGUUGCCAAGGUGAUGGACCGGUUCUUCAUGUGGAUCUUCUUCAUCAUGGUCUUCCUCAUGAGUAUCCUCAUCAUCGGCAAGGCGACUUGACGGAGGGAGGGAGGAGAGAGAUGGAUGGAUAGAGGGAGGAGAGAUGAGAGGGAGGAGAAGAGAGGGAGGAGAAGGAUGGAUGGAUAGAGGGAGAGAGGAAGGGAGGGAGGAGAGAUGAGAGGGAUGAGAAGAGACACACACACCAUCCAUGUCUUAAGGCUGAAACAUCCUUCUUCAACCCGUCUCCUCCCCCUUCAUCUACAUGUCUCCUCCCCCUUCAUCUACAUGUCUCCUCCCCCUUCAUCUACAUGUCUCAUCCCCAUUCAUCUACAUGUCUC